AUCCUAAUAUUCCCGAGACUAAUGAGAGUAAAAAAUUUGUUGAAAAACGUUUGUUAAAAAUCGUAAAGCCUAUUCUUUAUUAUAUUCUCAUUUGUGCUGAAAAAUUUCGAUAUUUUUUCAAAUGUGGUAAUGCAGAAUAAAAUUGUUAUUGUAGGAAACUGUUUGUAAAUGUUGCAACCUUCCUCCGUAUAUCACAUAAUCAGUGGUUAUGCGUUAUGCGAGUGGUUGAGAUUUCGAUACACUCUGGUUCCUUCUAGAAAUUUUGGAACAUAACGACAAGUUUUGAGAGACGCGAGUGACAUCAUUCGAAAUUAAAAAUGUCAGAAAGUACGGAUACCAAAUAUGAUACUGUCAAUCCUAUGCCUCUGGCUAUACCAUCUGAUUCAUCCAAGAAACCGGUCAAGUCUACCGCCGUUGUAAAAUAUUCGGCCGUUCAAACGCCCGCGACUUACGCUCAAUUACAAUGCAACACAGACUUAAAUUUACCACCAAGCAAUUGGCUCAGCAGUUCUGCAGAGAGUUAUGGCCUGCAAAGUGUUUGGUCUCAAACCUCUGGCUUUUCUAGUUUUCGUAUGGCACAUAUGUUCCCUGAUUGUGUAGGGGAAGUUGAUGUUGUGUCAGAUGCAGAAAACAUAAAAAAAUUGUUAAAGUUGCCUUACAAUCAUGGAGUCAUAUCAAUGGUGGUUCACAGAAUAGAAAAUACUUUAUUGUUAGAUGAUUUUGACAUUCAUAAGUAUUUACUUAGACAAGCAGAGAGUGAUUGGGAAUGGUUAAAGAAAUUUUUUUACGAGCAUAUUUUUCAGAAUCUAGGAGACAAAGAAAAAUGUUUGUUUCAUAAGACAAACAAUAGAAAUACUUUGCAGCAAAGAAACUUGGUAUCUAAGUUUUUAUAUCACUCAAUAGUAGUGGCAGAUAACAAAGAACAACAUACCAAACCACAAUUACCUGUGAAAACUUUAGAACCUUGCUUGCCAGAACCUUCUCAAGAAGAAAAAGUACCAGAUCCAAAUUAUAAUCAUAAUUUUGCAAGGAAUAUUGUUUGGACUUUUGAGAAUAUACAGAUGCUUAUUGGUACUGACAUGCCGAUAUUUGGAGGGCAAACUCAUCCAUGUAUAAGUCUUAGAUUGAGAGAUAUGACUAAACCCAUCAAUGUUUUAACCGGUAUAGAUUAUUGGUUAGACAAUUUGAUGUGUAAUGUACCAGAAGUGGUUAUGUGUUAUCACUUGAAUGGUAUUGUGCAAAAAUAUGAACUAAUCAAAACGGAAGAUCUUCCUAAUUUGGAUCAUUCUAAAUUCAGUCCUAAAGUUAUCAGAGAUGUUGCACAAAACAUCUUAAGUUUCUUAAAGAAUAAUGCAACUAAAGCUGGACAUACGUAUUGGUUAUUCAAAGGGAAGGAUGAUGAUGUAGUAAAAUUGUAUGAUUUAACUUCUCUGUGUCAUGAUUUAUCAGAUGAAAAGGGCCAGAAUCCAUUCACUGUACCUGUUGCCAUGUUACUGUAUAGAGUAGCUCGUAAUAUGAAAUAUUCCUCUGAUUAUCAUAGACAACAGGGUACUAUUAGAAUGUUAUUGAAAAAUUGCAUACAAUUAUUGACUAAAGAAAAGUAUCCACAGAUUGUAACAUCUGCACAUUUUAUGUUAUCUGAUCUUUAUAUACCAUCUGAUACAGACCCUGCCAGUCCAGGUUUGUCGGAUCAGAGUGAUGAAGAAGAUACGCAAAGUGAAUCUAGUAUUAAUCAUGAGAAUGAAAAAGAUUUGGAAGAGGAAUUUGAAGAAGCUGCAUUUAAGUCUUUAACAUUGGCUAAUAUCAAAGAACACGCGGAAUGCGAAGAACCUAAGUAUAAGCCACCACCAAUUUCGGGUACUAUCGAAGAAAGAUGUUUAGCCGCUUUAGAUCACGUUUGUCACGGACUCGAAUGUUUACAGUAUUUUCCGAUUGAUGAUAAUUCAGAAGAAGAACGUAAGGAAGAAGAAGAAAAGGAGCAGAAGAAAAGAGUAUAUGAAGAGAAUCAUUUGAAUAUGGCUAAACCUUUUCAGGCAAUUCCAAUGCCUUAUAUUUCGUUGAAAGAAGAUAAAAAAGAAAUUGAAUCUGAAGUGAGUUCGAUAAAUAACAGUCCUACUCAUAAAAAAAAAUCAAAACAGAAGAAAGUAAAGAAACUUGAGAAAGUCAUUGCAAAAAUGGAACCUCAUGAGAAUGAAGCAAAAGCAUUGCUAUGUAAGCUUAAAGCUGAAACUUUACCUACAUGGCAAGCGCCCAAAAAAAGCGAUAAUGUUAGUUGGAAUAUUCAUUUAAAAACAUUAUUGUAUGAAAAGGCUUCAUUAAUUUUUGCCGUGCUCGCUGAAAAUGAAUAUGCCAAUAGAAAUUACGGCGCGUCUCUCAGAUAUAUGUUAGCCGUUUUAAGGUGCCAAAAAAUACUGGAGAUAUUUUGUGAUAUACGAAAUGAUAAAUCUAUAAGCUAUCUGUUAGGGCGCGCAGGGGAUUGUUGUUUUAUGGCUGUGCAAGAUUGGUGUAACGUCGAGAAACAUAGAAAAGAUUAUGAAAUAAAAAGUGAAAUUGAAGAAAGAAUUGUCGAAGAUAUAUGUAGAAUAGAAGAUUUGGAUUCGAGUAUGUAUAUAGAUGGUGCUGAAUUACUACCACAACGAUUAGAAAGUUUAGAAUCUACUUUAGUAGCAUCUUAUAAAUGUUACGAAAAAGCGUUAUCCUUAGAACCAUUGGAUAUGGAUAAAAAUAAUCUUCUAAGACGGUUAGGAAACAUUCAUAACGAAUUAGGUGUGCUUUACAUGAAUCAAGCUGGAACACGAUAUCAACAAGAAAAUUUGGUAGAAGAAACAUCAAGUUCUUCACAUGGAGUAUCAGCAUUGCUUACUCGGUCAUUGACUCAUUUAGAAGCGGGCGUGAAAGCAUUUGAAACUGUUCACGACGAAGCGAACUUAGCACUUUUACAUUCAAAUACAGGAAGACUUAUGCGAUUGUGUGCACACAUGCAUGUAAAACAAAACACUCAAGAACGUCACUUUUAUAAUAAAGCACUUGCGAGUUAUCAGAAAGCCUUGCAAGUUUUAAGUUCUAGAAAAUCAAAUCCUAUGAUUUGGGAUACUAUUACAUGGGAUUUAUCUACUACUUUAUUUACAAUGGCUACGUUGUUGCAAGAUUAUCCUACAACUGGAUGCAAAACCGAAGAAGAAUUAGAACGAGAAGUUGUCGAUAUCCUACAGAAAGCUUUAAAGCAUUGUGAUAUUGAAACACCCGGACCACGGCAACCAGUUUAUCAAUUUCGGGCUGCAACUAUUCAACAUCGACUCGCAUCUUUAUAUCAUCGUGUAUAUAGAGAAUAUGAACCAGAUACGGAUAAUAUUAAAAGAAAAACAAGCUUGCAAUUGUGUAAGCUAUAUUACGACAAAGCUGCAAAACUUUUGUUAGCUUUGGAACAAACUACAGAGUUUUUAACAGUUCAAAUGGAAAGAGUAGCUUUAGCCGAACAUCAAGCUCGUUGCACCACAACUUUUAAUGGCAAGUUGAAAGCAUAUCAAACUGGACUUCAAUUAAUUUUGCAAUGUAAACCUAUUAUUGAUAUAUUAUGCGAUAGGAACAAUUCUCAAAAGCAGAAGGUUGAAAAUGUAAAUGCUGUUAGCACUAAAAUCGGGAAAGAAAGUUUCGAAGAAGGAAAAGUUGAUGAACAAAAAUUAAUAGAAGACGAAGAAAGUUUAGUGAUACUACUGGAACAACGGUUACAAUUUAUAUUGCGAUCUUUAACAAAAUUAUUUGUUACCAAGAAUAGUAACAAUAGCAAAAAAGAAUCAGAAACUCUUACCAAUUUAUAUAAACAAUGUUAUAGUAAAACAUUACGGCCAGUUACGAUGACUGGUUUCAAGUUAAUACAACAUAUUGCACAACUUUUACGGGAAUUGGAAAAAAUGUUACCAUCUACAGAAUCUUGAAGGGAUAAGUGUAUAUAUUGUUUGUGUGCCAGUUUGAAAAUAACAUAUAAAGUUUCGACCAAUGAAUUCUUCUCGACAUCGAUGAAGUUGGGUCGAUAUUAAACUAUUAAUUCCCCUAGCCCUUUAAAAAGGUCCUUCGUAUUUGGUCAUUGACGCUGGUCGUUAUUUCAUUUGCGAGAUAAAACCUAGGCGGGGGUGAUGUUAUUUAAUUCAUUAUAUUUGAAAUAUCGAAGACUUUUUUUUAUUCUAGUGUGUACAUAGUGAAAUCGAAACUCUUAUUUAUAUAUGAUUUAUAAGCCAAAAAUAAAUAGCUUAUACGAAUCAUAUC